AUGAAAGGUGUGUUAGGACGGUCAGAUGAGAAUAAAUUGGAUCAAAAGCAGAUAGAGAUCAAUUCAGAGGAGAGUGGUCUAGAGAGUCUUCCACUGAAACCUCCUCUAUCCAAAAGGAAUUCUAUGAUUUACGAUAUCGACGAAAAUGAACUUUCGUAUAAAAGACAGUCUAUUAUGAUAGUGGAGGAUUAUAUUUUAAGCGAUGAUAAGUCAAGAAGAUUCCAUUCAAGGAUAAGUAUUACAGAUUUCAAGAGACAGUUGCAUAAGAAAAAGAGUCAGAGACAGAUUAUGCAAUAUAGGUCUCGGUAUUGCGAACCAAGUAAAAAUAGAAUGGAGAGGGCAGAAGAAGAUAAUAAACCUUUGCAAGGGGAUAGUAAAUUGUUACAGUCAUACCUUGUGGAAGAUGAGAUGAAUACAAGUCUAGAUUACGUAGUAGACACAUUAUCAAAGGAGAAAAAUCAAAACACAAGUAUAUAUUCCAAUAGUGAUAUUAUUAUCCGAUGUAUCAUGUGUAAUAGGAUUUUGUAUGAUUUAAUACUUUAUGAAAAAGCAGAUAGAUUGAAAGAUUGUGUGUGUUCAAAUUGUAUCAAAUCAUACAAUUCAAUGAUUGAAACUAUAAACAAUUAUGAAUAUUUAAGUUCCCCAAUAUUAGAUAAUAGCAUUAUUCAUAGUAAUGAUAGUAAUAAUAAACAAAAGGGGUUCUCCAAUAAAUUGAAACAAGCAUUAAAGGAUUUAUUAAAGUAG